GCAAUUGAUAUUCUCCAAAAAGCACGUGUGGGUCAUGUGGCUCGGACGUGCCUAUAGGAAAGUGCAAUAUGAGAAGAGAGGACCAUUCAAGCAAGGUCAGCCAGGUUUUGAAGUCUGAACAUGGCUUACUUUGGGUAUUUUAUUGUAAAAAAUGGAUACCUCUCCUUGCUACAGCAUGUGCAUAUAUAUAUAUAUCAUUUGAUCCACACCUUCCUUACCUUCUACUUGCAACGGUCAUUCGAUUCACCACUGAUCCCACCGUUCUCAGAUGGGAUUCCUCCCACCAGACCAGCCGUUUCCAGCUCAACGGGCGCUGUUUCCAGCGCCGUCGUCCCCCCCACCGGCGCCGCUCGCGCCGCUGGGGGGUGUGCGCGGUUAGGCCACGUGAUGUCCAGGCGUGAGUCGAUGGAGUCGGAGGUGGCCUUUACCUCCAAGGCAGUGCUGCAGGGAGCGCAGGCCGAAUUGACCAAGAGCGUGGAGUCCGCAAGGGCUCACAUGGAUGCCUUGCAUGAUCAGCUUUUGCUCCUGGAGUCCAAGCAAAAGAGGCUCUUGGGCGAGAUUGCCACCGCUCACGAGGAGGCACUGCAAGAUGUGACCGGGACAAGUUCAGCAGAGGCGAAAGGCGGCGGCGUGAUGAACUUCUUCAAUCCCUCCAGUCUUCUUUCACCAAGCCCGAAGCAGGACAAGAGCAGACGGCGAUCAGCUGCCAUCACUAAAGAGAGUGACCUUCAGCAGAUCCGAGACAGGCUUCGGGAGUACAAUGAGAGUGCCUCGCGGAUCUUGGGCGGACGCAUGGAGAUGAACUGCGACAAAGGCGUGUCGGUCAAGUGCAUCGUCUCGUCCCCCCUCUUCGAUGGGAUUGCUGCAUUUCUCAUCAUGUUCAACUCCUUCGUGGUUGGAUGGGAGACGGAGUGGUUUGUCUACAACACAGAGUCGGAUCCGACGAUCGAGGCCUUGUCCUCCUUUUGCAACUGGGUCUUCUUCGUGGAGCUGGUUCUACGCUUAGCCGCCUUUCGCAUGGACUUCUUCUGCAACCGUGAGCGGAGGAACUGGAACAUCUUCGACUUCAUCCUGGUGGUCUUGGGCAUCGUCGAUGAGCUGAGCAUCGCCAGCGCCGGCACCGUGGGCAGCGUGAAGAUGCUGAAGAUGCUGCGGAUCCUUCGCAUCUUCCGGGUCUUCCGCUUCUUUCGGCCGUUGGCGCGAUUGGCCUUGAUGAUCAUGGACUCCAUUCGAUCUUUGCUUUGGGCAAUGUUUAUGCUGGCUCUGAUCACCUUUGUCUUUGCCGUGAGCCUCACCUCACAGGCGUCAACAUGGCUGAUGGAACAGGUGGACACUGGCUUGCCGGACUGGUACAGCAGGAUCGAAAACCACGAGGAUCCAACGGUGCGACUGGUUCAAUUUUACUAUGGCUCCUUGGCGAACACCAUCUACACCUUGGCACAGACAGUGCUGGCUGGUGUCAACUGGCAUGAAGUGAUGGAGCCCCUCUUGCAGGUGGGCUGGUUCCCUGCAAGCUUGCAGCUACUUUAUAUCUCCUUCACCCUACUGGCCGUUCUCAAUGUGAUUACAGGGGUCUUCGUGGACAAUGCCUUCCGCUCCGCCGACAAGCAGCAGACCGACAUCAUCCAAAAGGAAGUCGACAAGAAGGAAGAGUGCUUGUCCUUAGUCAGGGGCUUCUUCAAUGCAGUGGACAUCCGUCAAGAAGGGCUGAUUCGUCUGGAAGAUCUCGUGUGGUUUUUAGACGAUGCCACCAUGGACGCCUUCUUCCGUGUGCUGGGCUUUGACUGCUACGACAAGCAUCGCUUCACCGAGCUGCUGGACCUGGAUGGCACCGGCACAGUGAGCUUUGAGGAGUUUUUGGAGGGAUGCAUGAGGUACAGGGGAGUGGCACAGGGGGUGGACAUGCACCUGGUGAUCCGUGAUGUGUCUCGCCUUCAGAAAUCUGUGGGAGUGCUUCAGGAGUACGUGCGGAACUGGUACAAGGGCCGCCUUCUCUGUUGGAAGAGAUUCCAAAGUCACCCCAGAACCGAGUGACGCUCUGACGCGCAGCUGUGUGAGCGCGACGAGUUGCUGCUGGCAGGGGCCAGUUGAGGUGUCUACAGCCAGAAACAGAAGUGGAUUGCAGGAUAGCCAAGAGGACACCCAUCUACCGUGGUGUUGAUUUGCAACAUCCACUUCUAUGAAGGACACUUUAUCUGAGAAAGCGAGUUGUUGAUUGGUUUGAUCGUUGCCGCUCUCGGAGAGAGUUGGCACCAGUAAUGCAAAACUCGGAAGCGUGGCUGAAAUGAUGAGAUGGUGGUGGCUCUUGAAACUUGACUCUUGAGCUCGCGGCUUUGGUUUUUCAUUGCUGCUCCAUCCCUUCUUGC